AUGGGUUCUAGUGUUUCAAUGGCAACUUCAACUCGUAUUCCAGCCAUGAACGAUUCCAUUCCCAUCAACAACUUGGGUGCAAUGACUCACUCGAGACUGAAUUCUCGUCGAUUGAAAGCAUCGAGUGAAAUAUCCGAUGAUGCAACAACACAUUCACCAAAAUUUCCACUUAAACGCUCUCCUCUUUCAGACUCUUCCAAUGACAUCCAACGGACAGAGAAACCAACCAUUAAUGUCAUUGAAAAGAAAUCCCUAAUUCCAUCCUCACAUGCAAAUGUGAUGUUCACACCACCUAAAAAACAACAAAGUCCAUUACCAGACUCGUCGUCUUCAUUACUCACACGUGCAAUUAUUUCAGGAAUUGAAGAUGAACAUGACAUUACUCGAGUCGACUUGGAGUGUGCACAACCAGUUGCAGAAAUCUCUUCUCGAAGAAGGAGCUCACAAUAUAGUACCUCUACCAGGCCUGAAUCCUUAAACUCCCGUUAUGAAUGGACGAAUUCAAAUUCGACCUCUUCGACGUUUCUUUCUACUGACAGUAUUUCCAACUCGAGUUCACUCAUCUCUUUGACAGGUUCCAACGACCAUUCAUUGGAAGAAGAAGACUCAACAGAAGACGCAGAUGAAACAAAUUCUGAAGAAGAGUUUGAUUCGUAUCAACCAAAAUCCUCAGUUUCCUUUUCUUCACUCAAAAAGAUGUUAUCCAAAGAUUUGUAUCCAUCACACACUUCUCGUUUUUCAGCUCCUUCCAAAGUCAUCCAAGCGAGUCGAGAUGAAUUAUUUCCUCAUGAUCCAUCAUUGUCAGCAACUCCACCAAAAUCACAUCACUUGAAUAUUGGAAACAACAAGUGCUGUGGUCAUUUUGGAAAUUGUGAAUAUCGAAUUAUCAUAACACCUCCUCCUUAUAGUCCCUCUUCAAAUGCAUCCAUUUUGAACAUUUCAAGUAAAACCAUUGAGGAAGAACGAAAUGAAAAAAAGAAAAUAAUUCUCGAAAAGCGAAGAAAAUUGUAUUAUAUUCAAAGUUUACGAAAGAGUCCACUCAUGGUUUCAUCAUCAAGAAUAUUGUCGAAAGAAUAA